AUGAAUUUAUUAUUAUUAUCAGAAUAUAUACAACUAAAAAUUUUUUCUAAUGUUGAUUCGAAAAGUUUAUUUAAUGUUAAACUUACCUGUAGAAGAUUUUAUUUAAUUAUUGAAAAAAAUAUACAUAAAAUGAAAAGACCAAAAUUAUGCUAUAUAAAAUUAAUAUCCAAUCACAUCAAUUAUAUCAAAAAACCAAUUAGAAUUCAAUAUAAAAUUUGUAAUCAAAGCGAAGAAACUUUUUGUUAUCAUUCCUCUGUACAUGAUAGAAAAGUUUGUUUUGUUGAUAUGGUAGAGUAUGAAAAAUUUCUUUAUAAUUGUGACUUGACAAUGUUAUGUCAUAUUCAAUUAGAUUAUCAUGAAAAUACAGACUUUAUUAAAUUGUUUAAUAAUUGCUAUGAUGGUAAUGAGUAUGUUGAAUCAGUUGUAAUUAAUAAUUCUGCUAAAAUAAGUAAAAGAAACAAUAGAGACAUAUUAAAUUUUAUUUAUAAAGUUAAAAAUACCAAUUCUAUGGUGUUAAAAAAAGUUAUUCUCAACAAUCAAAUACAUGAAAACUACGAAUUUCCAGUAUUUUCAAAAUUAAAAUAUCUUCAAAUUGAACAAAUAGGUAAUCACUGUUGUAUUACAAGAAAUUCAAUUUUAAGUUUGAUAAACAAUAGCAAAAAUGAAUUUACACUCAAUUUUAUAUCAAAUAAUAUAAAUUUUGUCAAAGAAAUUUCUAGAUGUUUUGCAGAUAAUGUUGGUUCACAUACAAAAUAUAUUUGUGCUGAAAAAUCGUUUGAAGUCAUUUUAUGUUUACAUAAAAAUUUUACUUUAUCUAGAAGCUCUUUUUUUAAAAAUAUUUUAGAAAAUAAUAAUUUUUCGGUUGAAAAUACUAAUAUUGAAAAUUUUGAUUGUGUUUAUAUUGGUCGAAAAAAAUGUUGCUUUUCUAGCACUUCAAGUUUAAUAGAACUUCGAUUCUGCAUUUUUAAUAUUUAUGUUUAA